CGAGCGGGGGCGGCGAGCGGAAGCAGGCCCGCGGGGGCAGCGGCAGCGCGCGGGGAUCCAGCCGCAGCGCGUCCAGCUCCUCCUCGAGGCGGCGGCAGAGGAGGAAGAAGGAGAAGGGCAAGAAGAAGGGCAAGAAGGACGAGAAGGCCAAGCGGGCGCCCGGGGGAGAGUCUUCCCUCGGCGAGUCCAGCGACGGCCUGGAGCCUUUGGGCACCGUCCCCGACUUCUACCACAAGUCCAAGAUGUGCUGGACCUUCUUGGAGGGGAGGUGCACCCUCGACAAGUACUGCACGGCCGCGCACUCGCAGAGCGAGCUGGUGCAGCCGGGUGAGGCCAGAAAGCUGUGGCAGGAGCGCGUGGACCGAAGGCAGCGGAGGGCCGAGAAGAAGAGGCGCCUCGCGGAGGCCGAGGCGGCCAGCGACCCCAGCGGAGGCAUGGGGAAUCCCUUCUUCGGCUGGAGCCCGUAUCCUCCGGAGCUGAUGCACCAGUGGGGCAUGCCCCCCGGGGGCCACAUGGCGAUGCCGUGGGGCAUGCCGCCGGGGAUGCCGUAUCCGGGGAGCCCGCAGCCUGCGAUGGUGCAGUCCGCCGGGGCGGGGGCGCCCGGCGCGGAGAAGAAGAGCAGGCGGGAGGAGAAGGCGAAGAAGAAGAAGGACAAAGACGAGAAGAAGGAGAAGGAGAAGGAGAAGGAUAAAGACAAGGACAAGGACAAGGCCAAGGACAAGAAGCAGAAGAAGGACAAGGAGGGCAAGGAUGCGGGAGAGGGCAAGGCCAAGAAGCAACGGGAGGCCACCAUCGGGCCGCGGCCCGGGUGAGGCCGCCGCCUAUCCCCGGGCGCCGCCGGGGCGGGCGCCGCCGCCGCCGCUCCGCGGCCCAGCGCCCCCCACACAAAAAAGAAUCGCGGCCCAGCGCCGUGGUGCCUCGAGCGGCCGCGGGCCUCGGCCGCGGCCUCGUCCUCCUCCUCCUCCUCCUCCUCC